UUCAGUUGCUGUUCGACUGCCGGAGGAGUUUGUUGUGAAUUUUUUUUUGGUGCGCGGCGUGCCACGGAUUACAACCACAACUAAAAAAAACACAUACUCAGCGGCCAAAUUAAGUUUUGUUUUUUUUUCGUUACCCAACUCGCAAGUGCCGUGAAAUUAUUUGUUCUAAUUUGGUUAGCCGAAAUUGAAAAGCGUCGACACUUUUUGACAAACAACGGUGCAACAACCAACCAAAUCAGCGUUUAAAAGAAAAGAAUCACAAACAACGAAGCAGCGAGAAAGAGGGGCGAAGAGAAGAGAGCGGCAGAAGACACUGCGGAUGAAAUGUAGCAGAAUUCUUCCUCUUCUAAUGUUCUGUGUGCGGUGACGAAGUGACGCCAAAAGAAACCGAGAGAAGAGAGUAGAGAAGACGGAGAAGAAGGAGAAAGACGUCAGAAGAAAGAGCUCAAAAAACAUAAAACACAAACUCACACGCUGGCAGAACGGUUCACUGUUCACUGAAACGCAAGGCAACAACAAAACAACAAUGAAUCAACCGGUUUGAAGACCACGCCACAAUUCACCACUCCCAACAGACCAACCAAAUCCGAGAUCCAGAGAUCGUCAGCACAAGCACUAUAGCGGAAGCCAAGGCGAAGGAGAUUCGGAAAGUAUCGUUUCUAGGCCCAUUAACCCUGACCGGAGGAUAGUGAUUCCAGAGCCGCAUAAACCAACACAUCGGAGCCAUGGACUGGGCCGAAGGUGAUCUGGUCUGGUUCGACCCAGGCAUGGGACAUCCCAUUCCCGGCGAGAUCCAGGAGGUGCAUCGCGCUGCCCAGGUGAUCGUCGUCCAGGCGCUCAUCAAAGGAAAGCCACAGACGUUCGCCCUGCAGCCGGGCGAGGGCAGCCUGCGCGCUCGCCAGGAUCUGGGCAGCAGCGGAGUGGAGGACAUGACCCUGCUGGACGACCUGCACGAGGCCUCGCUGCUGUGGAACCUGCGCCUGCGCUACGACAAGGGUCUGAUCUACACGUUCGCCGGCAGCAUCCUGAUCGCGGUCAAUCCCUACAAGAUGUUCCCCGACGCCUACGGCCUGGAGGUGGCCAAGCAGUACGCGGGUCGUCCGCUCGGCUCGCUGCCGCCCCACCUGUUCGCCAUCGGGGCGGCGGCCCAUGCGGCCCUGCCCUCGCCCCAGGUGGUUGUCAUCUCCGGGGAGAGUGGCUCCGGCAAGACGGAGUCCACCAAGCUGGUGAUGCAGUAUCUGGCGGCCGUGGUGCCCGGCGGCGGAUCCGCCUCGGCCGUCAUCACCGAACAGAUCCUGGAGGCGGCCCCGCUGCUGGAGGCCUUUGGCAAUGCCCGCACCGCCCGCAACGACAACAGCUCCCGGUUCGGCAAGUAUCUGGAGGUGUACUUCAAGAGUGGCGCCAUCGUGGGCGCCAAGAUCACGCAAUACCUGCUGGAGAAGUCGCGCAUUGUGACGCAGGCGCCGGGGGAGCGGAACUACCAUGUGUUCUACGAGCUCCUGGGCGGACUGUCCGAAACGGAGCGCGCCAAGUACGGGCUGCUGGAGGCGGACAAGUACUUCUAUCUGAAUCAGGGCGCCACCGACUGUGCCAGCGGCCGUGUGGACUGGGAGUCGCUGCAGGGCGCCAUGCAGGUCCUGGGCGUUUCCGAGGGCGAACGCGAGGGCAUCGUGCGAGUGCUGGCCGCCGUGUUGCAUCUGGGCAACGUGUACUUCCAUCGCCGGCAACUGCGACAUGGCCAGGAGGGCGUGGAGGUGGGCUCCGAUGCGGAGAUCAAGUGGGCCGCCCACCUGCUCCACAUCAGUGCCGAGGGACUGCACCGGGCGUUGACCAGUCGCACCACGGAGGCUCGAGCGGAACGACUGCACACUCCGCUGGGCAUUGAUCAGGCCCUGGAUGCGAGGGAUGCCUUUGCCAAGGCCCUGUAUGCCGGCCUCUUCAAUUGGCUGGUGUCGCGGAUCAACUCGAUUGUGCAGAAGGGCGGCACCCACGACGCCCAUCGCAUCAGCAUCCUGGACAUCUUCGGGUUCGAGGACCUGGCCGAGAACAGCUUCGAGCAGCUGUGCAUCAACUAUGCCAACGAGAACCUGCAGCUGUACUUCAACAAGCAUGUCUUCAAGCUGGAGCAGGCGGAGUAUGCCCGCGAGCGAUUGGAGUGGACGCCGCUGGCCUGGGACGACAAUCUGCCGGUGAUCCAUCUGCUGGCCAAAAAGCCGGUGGGCAUUUGCCAUCUCCUCGACGACGAGUCCAAUUUCCCGCGGGCCACCGAUCUGAGUUUUUUGGAGAAGUGCCACUACAAUCAUGCGCUGAGCGAGCUCUACGCCCGUCCGCGCAUCGGUGCCCAGGAGUUCGGGGUGACCCACUAUGCCGGCCAGGUGUGGUACUGUGUGGACGGGUUUCUGGACAAGAAUCGGGAUGCCCUGAGGGGGGAUGUGCUGGAGCUGCUGGCCUCCAGUCGACUGCCGCUGGUGGGUGAGUUGACCAAGCAGCUGCGUGCCCAGCGGGAUGCCGGCAAGACCCUGCCCAAGGGUAGCAACGGCAGAUUCGUGACCAUGAAGCCACGGACACCAACGGUGGCGGCCAGAUUUGCGGACUCACUGCAGCAGCUGCUCCAGUCGAUGGGCAGAUGCCAUCCGUGGUUCGUGCGCUGCAUCAAACCCAACCAGGAGAAGCACGCCCUGCGCAUGGACAUGCCGUGUGUGCUGCAGCAGUUGCGCUACCUGGGCAUGCUGGACACCAUUCAGAUCCGGCAGCGCGGCUAUCCGGUGCGCCUGCGCUUCCAGCACUUCGUGGAGCGGUACAGGCACCUGCUCGCCUCGCCGCUGGCCAGGGGCACACCCUAUCGCGAGCUCUGCCGCGCUCUGCUGGAGGCCAUGCCGCGCACAGGAGUGGAGGGACCGGACUACCAGCUGGGCGCCACGCGAGUAUUCCUCCGCGAGGCCCUGCAUCGAGCGCUGGAAAGCGGCAGGACGGAGCGACUGCGUCGGGCGGCGGUCAGUGUGCAGCGGCAUGUGCGCGGCAUGCUGGUGCGCCGGCAGUUGGCUCGUCGGCAGGCAGCCGCCACGCGUCUGCAAGCCCGCUGGCGGGGUCAGAGGGCACAGCAACGGUUCGACCGCCUGCGCCGCGGAGCCCUCACCGCGCAGCGCUUGUGGCGCGGACGUCAGGCCAGGAGGCGGGUGCACCAGCUGCGCUCCGAUCACCGGCGAAGGCAGGAGGCGCGAGAGGCGGCGCAGCGAGCUCGCGAGGCACGCGAGGCCAAGCAGGCGGUGCUGGAGAGGAGCCAACUGAGCUACCUGGACAUACCCGCCGAGCUGGCCUUCAUCUACUCCAAGCUGCAGGGCUGGUCGCCGCCGCACGGCGAUCGGCACCUGGUCAAGGUACUGGGCACUGUGCCCGGUCCACCGCCGUCAGCCGUCCAGCUGCCCGAGGAUCUGGGCCAGUUCUCCUUCGGCAAGUUCAGCAGCGUCUACUGCAACGGCCUUAGGCUGCAGCCCAGGCGGGAGCCCAUCACAGCGCCCCUUCUGACGAGAGCCGCUUCGCGGGAUCAGGACUUCCAGGAUGCCCUGGCCGUGUUCAAGCUGAUACUCCGCUGGAGCAAUGACAAGGCGUUGGAGGGCGCCAAGGAGAAGCUGCUGGCCGACUACAUUGUGCACAAGGCCCUCAGCUCGAGGGGAUUGCGUGACGAGAUCCUGGUGCAGCUGUGCAACCAGGUGCACGGCCUGCCGCCCACUUCGGUGGAGGCCACCCGAUUGUGGCAGCUCCUGGGCCAGUGCCUGUGCUGCUUCCAGCCCAGCGCCGCCUUCAGCAAGUAUCUGAUGCGAUUCGUGGACGACGAGGCGCCGGCCUCGCUGCGACCCCUGCUUCUGAGGCAGUUGCUCCGCCAGCAGGGCGGUGCUGCCGUGGGCGGUGGCGGUGCCAGUCGCAGCUUCGUGCCCGCCUGGCUGGAGUGGCGUGCCUGGACGCGGGGCUGCGACAUGGCUCUGCCUUUGACCCUUCCGGACGAGGCCAGCCAAACGGUGGCCGUGGACUCGUGGACCAGUUGCGAGGAGGCCGCCGCCCUGGCCGUCGCCUCGCUGGGCGUGGCCAGCCGUGGCUGGACCCUGGUCCUGGACGAUGGCCAGCAGCUCACGGACAGCUGUGGCCUGGACUACGUGAUGGAUCUGAUUGCGGAGAAGGAACUGUGUCCCGCCUUUCCAGCGCCGCGCAGCGAUCUGUUGCGUUCGGGCGCCAAGUUUGCCCGGACCGCGCUGCCGGAGGCGGUGAAGCGUCCGGCGGUGCCGCCCCCAGCCCCGCCCACUGCGGCAGGCAGUGGCCCGGCCAAGGAGGAGGUGCCGCGGGAGCGGAGGAGCAGCCGGGAGCUGCUCUCGCGCAGCUCGGCGCUCAACGAGCGCUACUUCGAACGCGAGCCCAGUCCGGGAUCGGGCUUGGGAGCGGGAGCGGGUCAGGGAUCGGGCCAGGGCUCGGGCCCGGGAUCGAGUGCGGCCAAGUCGCGCUCCAAGUCGCUGGACGACCUGCUGGCCGGGGACAUUGUCCCGGUGCCGCCGGACUGCGACUCCCAGGAGCCACUGCACACACUGGGCCUGUCGGAGAGUCGCCUCAACGAUCGCUACCACUCGGCGGAGCGACUUGCUCCGAUGGGCAAGGAGUCGGCUCCCCGAUACCAGAAGUCCCAGCAUGCCGGCCGCCGUUCCCAUGCCGCCUCGCAUGGCUCGCACUCCAGCAAGUAUGCGGACAAGGCGGAGUAUGCCACCAGGUCGUCGGCCAUGUCGGACACCAGUGAGGCUCCCUCGCUGGCCUCCCAUGUGCGCAGGGUGCGGGUGCCCUCGCAGGCCUCCGAUGUGGACCAGUUCCUGGACGACCUCUUCAGUCCGGUGCUGGAUGGCUCCCUGGACGAGCUGUCCGAUGCCCGAUCCCUGGCGGCCAGCAUUCGUGGCGGAGGUGGCUGUUAUCCAUUGCAGCAGGAGCAGCAGCAGGAGCAGGAGAACGAAUCCGAAUCGGAGAUCGAGGACUUGGAUGACUAUAUCAACGAGGUAUUCCAACCCAUAGCCCUCGUGGGCGAACUGGAGCAGCUGGCCAGCACGGAUCAGCUGGCAGUGGCCAUCAAGGGAGGUGGCAAUGACUUUGAUGACUACAUGGAUGAGCUAUUUGAGGCCAUGCCAGUGGCCCAAAGCCUGGACAAACUGGUCAGCAAGGAGCAACUAGCAUUGAGCAUUCGUGGCGGCGGCAGCACGGACAGCAAUGGAGGUGAUCCCCUGCUCCACCAGCUGAUGCAGCUUCCCGGGGAGCCGGAGUCCGGACCAGCCUUGUACCAGCAGCAGGUGCAGCGUGCCUUCCUCCAGUCCGCCAUGGCCCAGAAUCUGCAGAUCCAGCAGCAGCUGCUGGCCCAGAAUCAGGCCCUUCAGACGCUGCUCAGUCAGCAGGCGUCGGCGGCGGCGGCGGCGGCCAGCAAUAGUUCCGCCGCCUCGCCGCCACCCGCCGCUCCAGCGGUGCUGAGCAGUCUGUCCAUAUCGCCGCCGCCGCCGCCGCUGCAACAGGCAGCAUCGCCACUGCGCCUGAAGACCAUGCGGAGCAGUCUGGUGGUCAUGGAGGCACUGCAGCCGCCGCCACCACCGCCACCGCCGCCAAUGCCGCCGCCGCUGGAGUGCAAGGACCCGUCGGAGACGCGCCACUUCCUCGAUCCCUAUGGCCGGGCUAAAACCGUGAGGAUUGGCAAGUGGCGCUGGCCACCGCCGCAGGAUGAGCCCCAGUUUCAGACCGAGGAGGACUUCUUUGCCUUCAAGAUGCGUCAGCAUCAGCGCAAGACCACGCCGCAGGCGCAGCAUCAUCAGCUGAGUGGGAACAGCAAUGGCCUGGAGCCAUCGGCUCCAGGAGCACGUGGCUCCUCGGCCACGGCCAUCGAGUGGGAGGAGUUCGAGAUCGAGAGUCCCACCCCGCCGCCGCCCAUGAGUGGCCAGCUGAUGCGGAGCAGCAUCCGUUUGGAGACCACCACCACCAUGACCAGCACUUCGGCGGUGAGGGACAGCAGGGACAGCAGGGAUGGCCAGGAUGCGGGACAGCAGCCCAUGCAGAGUGUGCUCACCACCAAGCUGGCCAAGAAGAGCUUCGAAAUUGGGGCGGAUCGUCCGCCGCCAGGAAGUGUGGGCAAGCUGAAGCUCAGCUCCGAGAUGCGACAGCGCCUGGAGCAGGUCACAGCCGGCCAUUCGGUGCGCUCCACUGUGUCCACCAAGUCGGAGCAGCGUGCUCCGGCCAAACUGGAGGACACCAGGAAGCUGAUGCUGCAGCAGCAGCUGGGUGGGCUCUUUGCCAGCGUGACCGGUGGUGCUGGUGGCUCUGGCCCAGGAGGAGGCGGAGGAGGCGGUGGCGGGAUCGAUUCCCAUGCCACAGUGCGCACACAGAUCGAGCGGAUGGAGGGCAAGCUGUCGCCGCCGCCGGCUCCACCUUCGGGCGGCUGGCCGGGCGUGCUGUUGCCCCCGGCUCCCAGUGUCCCGGCACCGCCGCCACCCAUCCGGCCGCCCAGCAUGGCGCCGCCAGCCCCACCGCCGGCGCCCCAGAGUCCGCCGACGGCCAGGAGUCCCGAGCCGGAGCCCGACUACCGCACCUCCGCCAGCCAGGCGGCGGCGGCCAAGGAGCACGUGCCCGCCUUCAUUCAGCGGCAGGAGCGCGACACCUUCGGGGCAGUGCGUCAGCAUCAGCAACACCAGCAUCAGCAGCACCAGCAGCAUCAGUUGCUCGGCAGCCAUCACCACCUGCACCUGGAGGAGCAUUCGGCCUCCUCCUCGUCGCCGGCGGCCGCUGCUUGGGAUCAGGCGGAACGGGAGCGAUCGCGCAGCCGGAGCCGGAGUCGCGAUCGCGAGGACUACUCCGAGUCGGUGUGGGACCGGGCGGAGGUGGAGGGCCCCGCCUCGGGCAGUGGCAGCGAGAAGGAGCGCGAGAAGCGGGAGCGGGAACGCGAGCGGCUCUACGAGAUCCGUCAGGUGGAGCGGGAGCGGGAGAGCCACAAGGUCUACCAGCCGGCCCCGCCGAGGGUGAUCCAGGCGAGCUUGGACACCACCGGCGGGCAUCGCAGGGAGGAUCGAGCCGGCGGCGGACUGGCCACCUUCCGCACCCACAUGGCCCAGAAGUACGAGCACGAGCGCAAGCGCAAGAGCUCGGCCAGCUCCGGGAUGCGCGAGGAGCUGGACUCGAUGCACAUGACCACGCCGCCGCCCGUGAUAGUGCCGGCACCGGUGCCGCCGCCCACGAUCACGUCCCAGUCCAGUCCGGGACUGGGUGGAGCUGGGGCCAGCAGUGCCUGCCUGACCUACAACCGGGUGCCGUGGAAGCUGCGCGUGCGCAAGGAGGUCUUCCAGCCGCACGAACCCAUUGGUCCGCCGGUGGCCCUGGAUCUGCUCUUCGCCCAGGUGCUGGGCGACGUCUUCGGGGUGACGCCCUGCCUCCGGAUCACGCCGCAGGAGAAGAGUUCCGCCCUCAACAUGCUGCACGGUCAUGGCGUGAGUGUGGACACGCUCUCCAAUCGGAAUGGCACUGGUGCAGGAGCAGUAGGAGCAGGAGGAGCAGGAGGAGGAGGAACUGGAGGGCAGGUGAGGGCGCUGGUGAAACGCCACCUGGUGGACAUGGCCCGCGACUGGCCGCUGUACUUCGCGCGACUCUUCGCCGUGCAGGGAGCACCGCUCUAUCCGGACGUCAGCAUCAUGGGCGUCUCGCACAGCGGCCUGUACUUGGCCCGCCGCGAUGCCGACUACCUGAUCGUGGUGCAGGCCAUCUCCUUCGGCGAGAUCCAGAGCGCCGUCACCCUGCCGCGUCCGGCGGCCCUCCAGCUCAAUCUGCGCAAUGGUAAGCACCUGGCGCUCCAUGCCGCUCGCGCCGCCGCCAUCCAGUCGAUGGUCACCGGAUUCGUCCACGAGUUCCGCAAGUCACAAUCGAAGGCGUCCACCCUGUCGUCCGGAGCCCGUGCCGCCGCCCAGACGCUGAAUGUGCCGCUGGAGCGCCUGGAGUCCCGCCAGGCGCACGCCCAGCGCAACGAGCACGGCGUGGAUGGCGGCGGAUCGCGCCAGAACGAGUCACUGCAGCAGGCCGAUCUGCACCACCACCUGCAGCACCACAGCCAGCAGCAGCAGCAACAGCAGUUCGAGGACGCCCUGGAGGAGCAGCAAAUGGCCGCCGAUCACCAGCAGCAGCAGCAGCAGGGUCAGAUUCAGGGUCAGAUUCAGGGUCAGGGUCAGGGUCAGGGUCAGCAGCAGCGCUUCCUCAAGCAGCAGAGCUACCUGCACUCCGCCCGCAAGUCGAACGCUGGCCAGCAGCCGUCCUCGCUGACCAACGGCCAGGUGCACCAGCAGGAGCAGAUCCUGCAGCAGCAGCAGCAACAGUCGCAGUCCCUGCCGCACCACGACCUGGACGCCAACUAUCUGGCGGAGGAGGCCAACGGGGGCACCCCGCCCUCGGUCACCAAGUACUCGCUGCUACAGUUUGCCAUGCAGCACUUCCGCAACGACCAACUGAGGGACGCUGACCGGCACCACGAGCGGCACCAGUCCGCCGCGAACCGCUCGUACGCGGAGCUGGUCAAGUGGCAGGGCCACGCCAUACGCCUGCCGCUCCUCCGACUCCCAAAUGACCUGGCGCCGCUGGCACUCGAGUGCUUCGACUGCAUCCUGCGCUACUGCGGCGACAUCCCGCUGGAUCCCGACCUCACCGAGGUCAAGUGCGUCUACACCGUGCUCAUGCACUGUCACAAAUACUUGGCGCUGCGCGACGAGGUCUACUGCCAGCUGAUGAAGCAGACGACGGCCAACCGGUCGCCGUGUCCGGAUAGCUCGCAGCGCGCCUGGCGACUGCUCAGCAUCCUGGCGGCGUACUUUGGCUGCUCGGACGCACUGCGUCCCUACCUGAUGGAGCACCUCACGUCGGCGGCCUCCGACCGGCGGCGCUCCUGCCACGGCACCGCCGCCGUCUGCCUCACCAAUCUGCGCAAGACGGCCCGCUGUGGCGGCCGCAAGAACGUGCCCAGUGUGGAGGAGGUGACGGCCGUGUCCGCCGGCCGUUCGGCCCGCCGCCAGAUCUACCGCCUGCCCGGCGGUGCGGAGCGCGUGGUGAACACCCGCUGCUCCACCGUGGUGGCCGACGUCAUUGCCGAGCUGUGCGCCCUGCUGGGCGUGGAGUCGGAGGCGGAGCAGCAGGAGUUCUCGCUGUACUGCAUCGUGCAGGGCGAUGCCUUCACCAUGCCGCUGGCCGCCGACGAGUACAUACUGGAUGUGACCACGGAGCUGCUCAAGUCCGGGCAGCCCUUCUACCUGAUCUUCUGCCGGUCCGUCUGGCAUUUCGCACUGAAGCGCGAGCCCGCUCCGAUGCCCCUCUACGUGGAGGUGCUCUUCAACCAGGUGGCACCGGACUAUCUGGAGGGUCUGCUGCUCGAGCUGCCCGGCAAUGGUGUGCCGGUGCCGGAAAUGGUCCGGGACAUGGCCCGAAUUGCGGCGCUACUGCAUCGCGCCGCCGAUUUGAGUCAUGUGCCCGCCAUGAAGGAGAUCAAGUUCUUGCUGCCCAAGCCGGCGCUGGGCAUCCGCGAGAUCCGACCCGCCCAGUGGGUGGGCCUCGUCCAGUCGGCCUGGCCGCAGGUGGCCAGCCUAAGUCCCAGCCAGGUGAAGGCCCAGUUCCUCAACGUGCUGGCCACCUGGCCGCUCUUCGGCAGCAGCUUCUUCGCCGUGAAGCGCAUCUGGGCGGAGGAGGGGCCGCAUGUGGAGGACAACCACAGUCCGAUGUGGCGGGACCUCAUACUGGCGCUGAACCGACGUGGCGUCCUCUUCCUGGAUCCCAACACCCACGAAACUCUGCAGCACUGGAGCUUCAUGGAGGUGAUCUCCACGCGCAAGGUUCGCUCGGAGGAUGGGGCCCUCUUCCUGGACAUGAAGGUGGGCAAUUUGAUGCAGCAGCGCGUCAUCCGCGUCCAGACGGAGCAGGCUCACGAGAUCUCGCGCCUGGUGCGCCAGUACAUCACCAUGGCCCAGAUCAGUCAGCGCGACAAGAGGGAGCUCAACUAGUUAGCUAUCUGAACCCCCACAACCAUACCCACAACCAUAAUUAUUAUUAUUCGUAUCGAUAUUGUAUUGAAUUAUUAUCCCAAUAAUUUCACAAACACACAAACACACACACAUUUUUUUGUACGUUUUAUAAGUCUCUUUUUACCAGAUACAUAUAUUUAUUAACGACCAUAUGCAAGAUCCAUAUGUAUGUUUAGAUGUUUAUGUUGUGCUGGUUUCUGUGACCCCAACCCCCCAGCCCCAUCAAAAAAAAAAAAAUAAAUAACCAAAA